GCUUACACAUGGGGAGAAAAGAAAAUUUGAAAGUAGAAAAAGUGAAAAAGAAAAGCAGAUGGGAGGUGUAAUGGGGAGACGAAGCGUGAUCACUUUUGCUUUUUCUCUUUUCCUGAUUUUUAUCCAUUUACUUAUUUUUCUCCCACUCUGCAGACAGCUCUGAGUCUCUCUCUCUCUCUCCCUUCCUUGAGAAAUCCUUUUACCCAAUCCCUUCACCCUUGCUCCCACAAUCCUUCUUCCCUUCCUCCCUCCCUGGUUCCUCCCUACUUCCCAUUCUCAGAAAUCCAACGAGGAAUUUUCUUGCACACAGAGACAUACACUCUAUCCACCGCCGUUGAGUGACGAAGAAGCAGACCAGAUAGAGAGCUCAGCGAGAAGUGAGGCACAUUUUGAGAUCCGACCCUGAGCCUGAGCACAAGUGGAAACAUCGACAUGUUACCAUGUCAAGAAUAAUAACUAGAAGAACAACAAUAACUAGCAGCAGCAUUAGUAGUAAAAGAAGAAGCCGAACCGCCCCCGCCGCCGCCGCCGCAUCGGAUACCGGCAGCAACAGCAACAGCAGCACCAACGUCGAGGAGGCGGACGUCAUCAUCAUCGUGCGGACGCACCCAUGAGUCUCGAAGUCCAGACGACUCACCACCAACUCCCACCGCCUCCUCACCGCCUCCCGGCCUCCUCCUGUCCCCUCCAUCCCGACGAGCACGUCACUGGCUUCUGUGCCUCUUGCCUCCGCGAGCGCCUCGCCGGCCUCGACACCUCCUCCACUUCCGGCCGUAAAUCCACUUCCUCAGCCUUCAAAUCCCUCUUCUUUAAGGCCCCCGCCGCCUCCGGCGGAGGAGGAGGAGGAGGAGGAGCGCAGCGCACUUCCUCCAACGCCACCUCGUCGUCAUACUCGCGCCCGGAGCUCCGCCGCUGCAAGUCGUUCUCAUGUGGCCGCGGCGACGGUCUCUCCGGUCCCCGCACCUCCGCCGCCUUCGAGCCCCAGCGCAAGUCCUGCGACGUCCGCGUUCGCAACACCCUCUGGUCCCUCUUCCACCAGGACGACAACGAGAGAGACAAGCACGGCGUCCGGGAACCCUCCGCUGCCUCUGCCGGAGAGAUCGAGGCCGAGUGCCGGAAUCUAGGGUUCCCUCUGCCGUCCUCCGUCGCUGCUCCGGUCCUGGAAACUCGCGAAGAGGAGGAGGAGGAGGAGAAGGAGGAGAGAGGCAAUGUGGAGGAAAUCAGGGUCGUGGAUCCCGUCCUGGUGGUCGGAACGUCAGGGGAGAUCGAAGGAGGAAAACGGGAAGAGGAGGAGGAGGCGGAGCUGAAGCCGAUGAAGGACCAUAUUGAUCUCAACUCCGCCCAGGCCAAGAAGCCCCCUUCCAAAGACCUCAAGGAGAUCGCCGGCAGCUUUUGGCUCGCCGCCUCCGUCUUCAGCAAGAAGCUCCAGAAAUGGCGGAGGAAGCAGAAGCUCAAGAAACAGGGCGGAGGCAAAGCGGCGGCGAUGCCGCCGGAGGAACCUCCCAAGUCGUCCCGCCGGUUCCGCGACACCCAGUCGGAGAUCGCCGUCGACGCCUUCGGCCGGCGAUCCUGCGACACCGAUCCGCGGUUCUCCCUCGACGCCGGCCGGAUCUCCUUUGACGACCCCGGGUUCUCGUGGGACGAGCCGAGGGCCUCGUGGGACGGCUGCCUCAUCGGAGGCCGAUCCGUGUUCCCUCGCCUCCUUCCCAUGCACUCCGUCGUGGAGGACGCCCCCGCCCCCGCCCCCGCCCCCGCCGUCCAGCGGUCGGACGGCCAGAUCCCUGUCGAGGAGGACGCUGUUAUCCCGGGCGGCUCCAACCAAACCCGGGACUACUACUCGGACACAUCUAGCCGCCGUCGGCGGAGCUUCGAGCGGUCGAAUUCCAUCCGGAAAACGGCGGUCGAGAUCAGCGAGCCGAAGCCAGCCUCAAAUGCCAAGGUGUCCCCCGCCGUUGGCGCCGAGUUCUUCCCGUUCCACCCUGGGAGCUUGCUUGAUAGGGAUUUAAGAGAUCCGAGCUCCAACUCUUUGAGGGAUGAUCGGUCCGAGAGCUUCGAGUCGGCUUACAGAGACUCCUGUAAGGGAAGUUCUGCAAAGAAGUCGAGGAGGUGGGGCAAGCCAUGGAACAUUUGGGGGUUUAUACACCGGAGAAGCAGCAGCAGAGGAGGAGGAGCCCGUGUGGUUCAGAGAUCCUUCUCGGAAUCAUGGCCCGAGCUGCGGGGCUGGGGGUAUAAUGGCAAGAUCAUGCGAAGCAACAGCAGUGUAAGUUCGAGGAGCUCAUUCAAUGCCAAUGGUGGAUUUGGGAGCAUGAGGAGGAGCACCAUGGAGACCAAUGGGCAUCAGAAGAAGACGAGGGAGGAUUUUCUGUUCGAGAGAAACCGGAGCGCCAGAUAUUCUCCAAGCCAUUUCGAUGACAAUGGGCUGCUGAGGUUCUACUUGCCACCCAUUCAGAGCAGUCGGAGGAAUGGAAGGUCGGGAAAGGAAAGGCGCAUGAUUUCUCAUUUGUUCACCAGGAGCAUGCUACGAUUGCACUGAGCCAGUAACCGGCUUGAAAUCGGGUUCAUGUUCUUCCUGGGUGCAGACAUAUAUUUCUGUAUUUUCUGUUUGCUGGGAGGAGAAGCAUAAUAUCUGCAUUGACUCGCAUUCGUCUUUGCUUUAUAUCCCAUUUUGUCGGUCGCUUCGAGGAUAACAUUUCUGUUUGCUUGUUCUUCUUAAUUGCAUCGAUAAGAGGAUGGGAUUGAACAUACUAAGGAGAAUGUCAUUCUACUUCCCACUAGGCUGCAAAUCUCUUAACAAAUACUUGGGGGGAGAUUGUGCUUUUCAUCAUUCCAAUAGUUCAAUCAAAUUAAAAUACUAUGCCCUUCAGAUCAUUGCGUACUGCAAGCACUACCUUUGGUCCCAUCUUGGUCCGGUUCAAAUCGGUGUAGUCUACCCGACCAUCUUUCUGCAAUACAUGAUUGCUGCUUGCCCUGAUUGUUAUCUUUGAAUGCUCUUUAAGCAAGGUCCACCUCCGAAAUGUUGGCAGCGAAAUUUGGAAAGAAGCAACUUGAGAAACUGAAAGACAGGAUGCUGCAGUUUUUAGAGGCGUGCCAGAAGUCACAGUUUUGCACUUCCAAAAGUUCUGACUUACGAGGAGCAAAUCAUCAAUUUGUUUUGACUGUCUGUGGAGCUAAUCAUAAUACUGAAAAACGAAUUUUUAUGUUUUUGUGGGUUUGUAUUAACUAGGAUCCCAAGUUCCUGUCGUAGAGUCCAUAUCUAUGACACCCAAACUCAUGUCUAAACCCGUAAUUCCAGAGUUAAAAAAUUCAGUCAUAUUAGUUGCCAUGAAGAGUUUCCAACUAUCAGUUAGUGUCGAGGUUUUGCAAUUUAAUUUCAGUCACAGAUUUGUUGAUGUUGUACUUGUAUGAAUGCGUGACACCGUGGGUUGUUGCUUUUCUUUCAUUUUUGCAGGUAAUCCAAUCUACAGGAGAAUCUCCGGGCAUCCUUUAAAAAAGUUUCCAAUUUCCAGUUUUUGCGCACAGAUCGAUGCAAAAUUAUAAGAUCAUACAUCGGAUGAAAUGGCCGCCCUUCCUUGAGAACAAAUGAAAAGAGGCACCAAUGCAAUUUGGUGGACACUGUUGAAAUUGACAAGAGCUGAUGCUAAGAGGUGUGAAGACGAGCAACAGGAACUAGGGGGAUUCAGAAACUGUAUUGUAGUACCAGACCGUAACAUCCGUUCUCAGUAAUGAGAAUGAUAAAUGGACCCAAAAGUUGGUGUUGUCACCUUGAAUCCACCUGAAAUCUUGCUAAUUUUAUUUAAUGCUCAGGCUACAGAAUCUCAUCAGUCAUCAGAUCAGAGAAUUUGGAAUCUGUUGCACUGUUCUUCGUGCAGAGCUACUUGAUCAAGUAAGAGAAAGUGGAUUCUUUUUGAAGUCGCAAAAAAAAAAAAAAUGAUAACUGUAAUGAUUUUGAAAAUGUUAUGACUCUGUCGUAAGGGAAUUCUAGAUGUGCUCAUGCAGUGCAGGGUAAAUUUAUUGUAUAUAUCAGAAGAAUGGCUUGAUCUUGUAGAAGCCGUCUUGAGAACUAAUAGUGCGUUUUUCUUUUUUUGUUGGA